AUGGAAGCAACGCAUAUACAUAAAUGUGACUAUCUCGAGAAAUUAAUAAACGACGGAAAACAUCCAACAAUAGAAGAAGAUAACAUCUCUAAUUGUCCAUAUGCAAAUAAACUGAUCAAAAAGAUUAAAUACCCACAUAUGGAACAUAUUGACCAUAUUGACCACAGUCUUGCUUGUCCAUACAUUCAAGAAUUGAAUCGGCAAAAACGCGAAACUCAAAUGAUUGAAAGCAAGUUCACUAAAACAAUUUUCGCCUAUUUGUUUCCAGGAAGUCCCAAAGUUAAUUCAUUAUUAGCCACUUUUUAUAUUUCUUCUGUGCCCAAUUUCAUUUUAUUCUUUGUUCCACCUGAUAUUCGACCUUCUUCGCUUAAUUCACUUGUCGGUUUUGCGGUUGGUGGACUACUUGGUGAUGUUUUUUUGCAUUUAUUGCCGCAAUCUUUUUUGGGAGAAAGUAACGACGAUAAAGUUCAUUUUGUGCAAGUAGAAGAGAAGAAGAAUGUCGUUAUUGGAUUAGCAAUUUUCAUUGGAUUGACGACUUUUUUCGUAAUUGAUAAGAUGAUGCGUGUUGCAAGUGGAGGAGAAGAUGGAGGACAUUCGCAUUCACAUUCACACACAGAAAUGCACUCAUCAUCAGCAACAACCACAUCGUUAUUGCCACCAAAUAAAGAUUCAAAGACACUUCGUCAGCGAAAAUCUGAAGAAUCGAAAAAAGUAAGUGAUAAUCAAGAAAAAGAUGACAAUAAGGAGCAUAAAAAAGCACCAUCUACUAGUAUAAAAUUAUCCGCAUAUUUAAACCUUAUUGCCGACGCAACACAUAAUUUCACUGAUGGUCUUGCUAUGGCCGCCUCAUUCUACACAUCUCCAAGUAUUGGUGCUACAACCACAGUCGCGGUCUUUUUCCAUGAAAUUCCACAUGAAAUUGGUGAUUAUGCGAUUUUGAUUCAAAGUGGAUUCACAAAAAGAUACGCGUUACUCUCUCAAUUCGUGACUGCUCUCGGUGCGUUUCUUGGUACAUUUGCCGGAAUUGCAAUCGAAGAGUUUAGUCGAGGUGAGGAUUCUGGCAGUGGAACAGAUGGAUAUCAUGGGAAAAAUACAUCUGGGAUAAUGGGUACUGGUGCACAUCUAAGUGAUUUAGUUAUUCCUUUUACUGCUGGUGGUUUCUUGUAUAUUGCAACGGUGGGUGUGAUUCCAGAAUUGUUGGAAGUGACUGGAAAGUUGAGUAAAGAUUUAAAACAAGCUGGUAUUGAGUUUUUGGCCAUGUUUAUUGGUGUUGGGAUGAUGGCAAUUAUUGCUUGGAAUGAGGCUUGA